AUGCGCCCUCUGCGGCAACCACUGGAGUGCACACUUAUCGAACCAGGGCUAGCUGACAAAAUCUUCUACAAAGUUCCAGAAGUGUUAGCGCACCAUCAGGUCCUACUUGCUGCGCUCAGCUCGAGAAUCGAAGAAUGGGACAAGGACAGCGUCAUUGGUGACGUUUUGCUAUCACAUUUUGCUAAGCAAUCGAUGAUCGAGACAUACAUAUCGUUCGUGGACAACUUCAAAUUUGCUAAAGCUGCUAUCACACAGGCUCGUGGAAAGCCGUCCUUUGAGAAGUACUACAAUAGAUGUUGUCGAGAUCAUCGGAACAAGCUCGAUCUGGAUUCGCUGCUGAUCUCACCCAUACAGAGAGUACCCAGAUAUGAACUACUUGUCAAGCAACUAAUCAAGCAUACACCUACCGAACAUGCCGAUCACGAGGUGCUGCUGAGAGCGCAACGACACAUUCAUAACUUGGCGGUGAGUUACUUCUAG